AUGGCAGGGGGAAGCAGUACCAACAAUGAGGGAAAUGAACUUAGCAAAGUAGUGAGGCAAUUGGCAGCAGUUGCCCAACAACUGGCAAGAAACUCGACUUGUAAUGGGGAUGCCCAAGGGAAGCUUUUUAAGAAGGUGGCUCAAAGUAAACCACCAACAUAUCAAGAGGAGCCUUAUCCUACCAUACUAGAAAACUGGUUGAGGGAGUUUGAGAAGUUGUUUGGAGUUGUAGGAUGCCUAGAAAAUUCAAAAGUAAGAUGUGCUACCUACUAUCUGAGGGGUAAAGCUGACCAUUGGUGGCAACAAAAUGAAACUACAAUUAGGGCACUACCUGGAUUCAAUUGGGCUAAGUUCCAAGAGAAAGAUGGAAAAGUGUCAGUAACUGAAUACUACACCAAGUUUAUUGAGUUGUUUCGUUUUUCUGAAGAGUAUGUUGCUACAGAAAAGGAAAAGGCUAGAAAGUUUGAGAGUGGCUUGACUACUGAUUUUCAGUUAAAGCUGUGCGGGCAAGUGUUUGAGACCUUGGAUGAAGUAUAUGGAAGGGCCGCACACCUUUACACAUUGGAGGAGAAGAAAAAGAAGGAGUUAGCUGAGAUAGAAGGAAGAGAGAAGAGGAAGGAAGUGGGGCAAGUUUAUGGUAAUAAUCGUCAAGGAGGACGUAAUAACAAUGGAGGAACAAAACACCAUAACCAAGUGAAUAACAAGAAUGGAAGGACUUAUUUUUGCAAAAGGUGCAAGAACAAUCACCCUUGUAGGGAUUGCGAAGGCAAUCUAGUUGCUUGUCGCGCUUGUAAUAAACUUGGGAAUAGGGAGUAUGAAUGUUUCUCUAAGAAUACUAAUGGGAACCGGCAAAACAAUAAUUCAAGAGGAAACCAGUGGAAUUUUCAGGAGAACAACAAUAACUUUAAUGGGAAUAAGAAAGUGCAACAGAAUGGGGUGAAGAACAAUAACAAUUACAGUGGGAACAAUCAACAUAAAGGUGGAGCUGCAGGGAAAUUGAAUGUUUUGAGUAGGCAUGAGACAGAUUCCACGAAAGAUGUGAUCACUUGCAUUGUUUCAAAACUUAAAGACUGUAUAGGAUCAGUAGAAGUAGUAGAUCUACCAAUAACAAUUCCUACAUGUGAGGUAGUGAAAUGUACCAAAACCUAUAAAAAUGUGCCUUUAGAAAUAAAAGGGAAAGUAUUCUUGUCUGACCUCAUUGAGUUUGGGUUGAGUGACUUUGAUCUCAUUUUGGGAAUGGAUUGGUUUAGUAAGUACAAUGCUGAGAUCAGUUGUCGGUCGCAGAAAGUGAAAAUGGUCACAAAUGGGAAAGAAUCGAUAACUUACUGGAUGCAUGGUGAAACCAAGUGCCCAAGGUUAAUAUCGGUGCAAAAUUGGGAAAGUACAUGA